AUGCAAACGGACCAAGACCUCGAAUCCCAAAAACAACAACCCACCCCGCAACUCGACUCUUUUCACGACUCAGAAGAAGACGAAUUAGCCCUCAAGCCCCAGCCCUCAAACUCCUACGGCAUCCAAACAUGGCGAAAAUGCCUCAUCCUAUUCGUCGUCAGCUGGAUGACCCUCGCCGUGACUUUCUCCAGUACUUCUCUAUUACCCGCAACACCAGAGAUCGCAACCGAGUUCUCGACGACGUCGGAGAUCCUGAAUAUCACUAAUGCGGGCGUGUUGAUUGCCAUGGGCUUUUCGUCAUGUAUUUGGGGUCCUAUUGCCAACCUAUUUGGGCGCAAGAAUGCUUAUAAUGCCGCCAUUCUUGUGCUUUGUGCUUGCUCGGCUGGGACGGCCGUGUCGAUUAAUUUGCAUAUGUUUAUUGCGAUGCGGAUUUUAAGUGGGUUUACGGGCACUUUUUUUAUGGUUGCUGGGCAGACUAUUAUUGCUGAUAUCUUCGAGCCGACUGUACGUGGAACGGCUGUUGGCUGUUUUAUGGUUGGCUCUGUUAGUGGUCCUGCUAUUGGACCCUGUAUCGGUGGUAUUAUUGUCACUUUUGCACAGUGGCGCAUUAUCUACUGGCUGCAAUUCGGUAUGACCUUGCUCGGUCUGAUCUUGUCUUUGCUAUUUGUCCCAAGUAUCCAAGAAAAGAAGCAAGUUAUGGACCUCGACAAGCGCCGGGGAUUCUGUACUGUUGUCGGCCUGUUUAAUCCUUUGCGCAUCUUUCGUCAUUUCAUUUACCCGAAUGUGUUUCUUGCAUGCUUCACAUGUGGUCUACUGGCUACAUUCCAAUACGCCCUCCUCACCUCUGUCCGCUCAAUCUUCAACCCACGAUUCAACCUCACAUCUCCACUCGCCAGUGGUCUAUUUUACCUUUCGCCGGGUAUAGGCUUCUUGAUCGGCAGCGUUGUUGGAGGCAAGCUAUCCGACCGCGCCGUUAAGAGAUGGAUCAUUAAACGGGAUGGUGUGCGUCUCCCCCAGGAUAGACUCAACAGUGGUCUCGCGACACUAUUUGGCGUUCUCCCAGCUGCCACUCUGAUCUAUUGUUGGACUCUGGAGGAAGAGGUGGGCGGUAUGGUUGUGCCGAUUAUCAGCGCUUUCUUCGCGGGUAUGGGACUUUUGGGUGCUUUCAAUGGGUUGAACACAUACUCAGCUGAGAUGAUCCCGCAACACCGCUCAGAAGUCAUCAGCUGCAAGUACAUCGUGCAGUAUAUCUUUGCGGCCGGUGCGACGGCGGCAGUUGAGCCAUUAAUCGGUGUCAUUGGCGUUGGAUGGACAUUUACGAUCUGUGUUUUCUUCGCCAUAAUUAGCGGAUGCUUGGUCCUCAUCAUCACAAAAUGGGGCAUUGAUAUGCAGCGAUGCUAUCUCGAUCAGAUCCUCGCAGAGAACCAACGACUUAGGGAACAAUCGGUUACUUCGGCGCAAGUGGCCGAGACCAAUGACUACAUGCGUUCAGAGAGAGGCCCCUCCCGGCAAGCAGAUGCCCCGGAUGGAACAGGCAUCCAGAACCCGCUUAUUGGGGAUCGUGCCUGGUUCCACCGAUAUGAUCCCUCCUCGCCGCCCAUCUACAUCGGCGAGGCAGCAUGUUCAGCGUUCGCAACUCGGUUCCGACGGUUCUUAAUGGGAAAUAGUGCUAUGCCGCAUAUUACCCGAACACAAUAUGAACAUGAAGAGAUCAUUGCUGCUGCAAAUGAAGCCGAUAUCCAAUGGCCGAGUCUUCAUCAUGCGCGGUUGCUGGUUCGGAUCGCAAUCCAUCAAAUUGGGCAUUUGUAUCACCUUAUGAUGCGCAAGUCAACAUUGGAUAAGCUGGAGGAGAUAUACCAGAAGAAAGAAUUUGAUUGCACCGCUCACAAGUGCAAGUUCUUUGCACUGUUCGCCUUUGGGCAGGCAUAUUCCAUUCGAUCAGAGUCGCAUUCUGGUUCGAGAGUGCCUGGCACGUCUUACUUUGCUCGCUCUAUGGGCUUGGUUCAGAUUCUGCCUGAGAGAACAAGUAUCACUCACCUGGAAACCUUGCUUUUGCUGUCGCUCUUUUCUUACUAUCUCAACCGGCGGCACUCUGCAUACAUCCUAAUCGGAAACGCCAUGCGAAUGGGUUUAACAAUCGGAUUAAACCACAACAUCCCAGAAUCCCAGCUCAUAGAUCCAGUCGAACGCCAACACCGUAUUCGAAUCUGGUGGACAAUCUACAUGUUCGACCGAAUGUGGGGAUCCAAAAUGGGCCUCCCAAUGCAAAUUCUAGACGAAGACAUUCACGUCGACAUGCCCUCAACAAUCUCCCCACGCUGGCGCCACGAUGAAGAACUCUCCGACACAGACUACAUGACAGCCAACAUCAAGCUAGCCCGAAUAGUUGGCGAAACAAUAACAAAACUCUACAGCCGACGCAAAUACCAAGAAACGUUCCUGCAGCGCGUGCAGAAACUGCUUAAAGCUCUAAAGAAUUGGGUCGAAACCCUCCCCGAAUCUCUAAAGCUCAACAUGGAAGACCUGGAAUCAAGCAAGAAAUCCGUCGUCUCACUCCACAUGGCUUUCAACCAAUGCAUCAUCCUCACGACACGUCCAACCCUCCUACACCUCCUAAUGACACUUAGCAAGGACAUCAGCAUAUCAGCCAGGCCAAGAACAAAUGCACAUACACAUAUAAAUACAAUGACAAACACUGAGACCGAAACCGAGACCGAGACCGAACAUUCGAACCCAUCUGCAUCUGCAUCUGCAUCUGCAUCAACACCGAUAUCCGUGUCCCAACCAGUCCUAACCCUAAGCGAAGCCUGCAUCCACGCAGCCCGCCACUCGCACUCAAUGAUCCUAACCCGCUGGAUAAACGGCACAAUGCCAACAUUCGGCUACUUCCACGCCCACUAUCUCUUCUCCUCAGCGCUAAUCCUGGCAAUGUCCAGCUUCGUCCCAAUCGGAACUCCAGCCGAUAUGACGGGUUUCGAUUCUGCUUUGGAUUUGUUAAGGUCUAUGACUGAGAAUGGGAACUUGGCUGCUGCGGAAUUUUAUCAUAAUCUUGAGCAGGUUAAGGUUUGUCUGGAUUCUUUCCGGGGUAUUGGCGUUGAUAGUGUUGGCGGUGAUGUUAGGGGGUUGAUUUCGCAUGCGCGUCGGAAUGAGGGGAUUACUCAACCGGGAAUGAAGGCUGCAGCUGCAGGGAGUGAUGGUGGCGGUGGUGUGAGUGCAGCUCAAGCAGAAGCUUCUGGUCUUGCACCAGGCUUGGCUGGGCCUGGCUCUGCGUCUCGAGCUGGCACAAUACCAUCGGUAAUACCGUCGGUAACAGCUACCCCUUCCCGCCUGCACACUUUGCCACCAACAGCCCCGACACCGCUCGGUACUUCUUCAUCUGCAACACCAAUGAUGCCCGCGCCAAAUGAAUUACUAGCUACACAUGGACAAACAAUCCACAGCCAAGCGGCCGAUCCAUAUAGUUUCCCUGCAAGGGAUACUGUCAGCGGGUAUACGACUGAGAUGGCGUUCCUUGAACCGACUAUGCAGGACUUUUUGGCGCAGUCGGAUAUCGAUCUUGGGCUGUUGCAUCCUGUUGAUGCUUUCUUUAAUGAGGCUGAGAAUCUUUAUACGUGUCAUGAGUUGUGA